AUGGUCGCGGAAGUGGCGUGCGACUUAGCGUCGCACGCGCAGGCUUUGCGCGACGCGUUGGCGCAGUCGCAGAGCAACAAUGAUCGCCUGGCGGACAUCCUAGGGUCGUUCGACCAGCGGCUCUCGGCCUUAGACACGGCCAUGCGACCGACCCAGGAGCGAUGCCAUCCGUGGUGGGCCAGGAGUUUCUUCAGCCCCUGGAUGUCAGUCCCUGGGAGUCAGCUCAUGAAGGGCCGCACGCACACGGGAGGAGCUAACGGAGGAGAGCUUCAACUCGUCUUUCCGCGUUGCAUUCCCCUCGACCUGCACCAGCUCAACCUUCUCCACCCCUCGCAACCCCUCUCCACUCCACCCGUCUCCCCCCCCCGCACACCAUGGCAGGGUCGCACGUACACGGUGGAGGAGCUGACGGAGGAGAGCUUCAAGGGCGUCGACAUUGCUCUCUUCAGCGCUGGCGGCUCCAUCAGCAAGAAGUUUGGGCCGGCGGCGGUGGCGGAGGGAACGAUCGUGGUGGAUAACAGCUCCUCGUUCCGCAUGACGGACGGCGUGCCGCUCGUCGUUCCCGAGGUGAACCCCGAUGCCAUGGCGCACAUCAAGCUGGGCGGCGGCGGUGCCAUCAUCGCGAACCCCAACUGCUCCACCAUCAUCUGCCUCGUCGCCGUCACUCCCAUCCACCGCCGCGCCAAGGUGAAGCGCAUGGUGGUCUCAACGUACCAGGCCGCCAGUGGCGCGGGCGCAGCAGCCAUGGCGGAGCUCGAGCUGCAGACCAAGGAGUACGCGUUCAACCUGUUCUCGCACAACUCGCCCAUGACGGCCAAUGGGUACAACGAGGAGGAGAUGAAGAUGGUCAAGGAGAUGCGCAAGAUCUGGAGCGACCCCUCAGUGGCCGUCACAGCCACGUGCAUCCGAGUGCCGGUCAUGCGUGCCCAUGCAGAGAGCAUCAACCUCACUCUCGAGGAGCCGCUGUCUGAGAUAUCCCAUGCAGGCAUCAUCAGCCUCACGUUCGAGGUUCCAUUGUCAGAGGUGGAGGCGAAGGAGAUUCUGAGCGGUGCAGAGGGGUUGUACCUCAUUGAUGACCGCGACACCAACACCUUCCCCACGCCACUUGAUGUGUCCAACAAGAAUGACGUGGCGGUGGGCCGCAUUCGGCAGGACAUCUCACAACCAGACAACAAGGGGCUGGACCUGUUUGUGUGUGGCGACCAGAUCCGCAAGGGAGCAGCACUCAACGCCGUGCAGAUUGCCGAGCUGCUUGUCAAGAAGGCCGGCGCUGCAUGA